GAUAUUUUGCACUGUCUCUUUCUUUUCCCUCCCUGCAGCAUUCAGCCUGUCUAUGGAGCACAGCAUCCUCCACUGGAUUCCCGCCUCACCAAAAACUUCAUCAAGGACCGCUCCAAAGCCAGUGCGCUGCCUAUGAAAAGUAAGAAGGCCUCCAGCUUUCAUGAGUUUGCCCGCAACACCAGUGAUGCCUGGGACAUUGGUGAUGAUGAAGAUGAAGACUUCACUUCCUCUUCUUCCUCUUUGCAAACUUUGAACUCUAAAGUGGCCAAGGCCACAGCUGCACAGGUCCUGGAGAACCACAGCAAGAUGCGGGUGAAACCUGAGAGGACUCAGCCUGCUCUCAGUGAGGUGCCCACCAACUGCAAGGUCAACAAGUCCAGCAGCGAGGCCCAGCUCUCCAGGAUGUCUGAGGAGACCUGUGUGCGGACCCCCCUCCAGAAGCAGCAGUCCCUCCCCCUUCGGCCUGUCAUUCCACUUGUCGCCCGAAUCUCCGACCAGAACGCUUCGGGUGCUCCCCCCAUGACGGUGAGGGAGAAAACCCGCCUGGAGAAAUUUCGGCAGCUCCUUUCCAGCCAUAACACGGACCUGGAUGAGCUGAGGAAAUGCAGCUGGCCUGGCGUGCCCAGAGAGGUCCGGCCUGUGACAUGGCGUCUCCUCUCAGGUUAUCUCCCUGCAAACAUGGAGCGUCGGAAGCUAACCUUACAGCGCAAGCGGGAGGAGUACUUUGGCUUCAUCCAGCAGUACUACGAUUCCCGGAACGAAGAGCACCAUCAGGACACUUACCGACAGAUUCACAUCGACAUUCCAAGGACCAACCCACUCAUCCCCCUCUUUCAGCAGCCACUUGUCCAGGAGAUCUUUGAAAGAAUCCUGUUUAUAUGGGCCAUUCGACACCCAGCCAGUGGCUAUGUACAGGGAAUCAAUGACCUGGUCACUCCAUUCUUUGUUGUGUUCCUCUCUGAGUAUGUUGAAGAGGACGUGGAGAACUUUGAUGUGACGAACUUGUCACAGGAUGUUUUACGGAGCAUUGAAGCUGAUAGUUUCUGGUGCAUGAGCAAGCUGCUGGAUGGGAUACAGGAUAACUACACCUUUGCACAGCCAGGAAUCCAGAAGAAAGUCAAAGCUCUGGAGGAGCUUGUGAGUCGGAUUGAUGAGCAGGUACAUAAUCACUUUAGGAAGUAUGAAGUUGAAUACCUGCAGUUUGCCUUUCGUUGGAUGAACAAUCUGCUCAUGAGGGAGUUGCCUCUUCGCUGCACAAUCCGCCUUUGGGACACCUACCAGUCAGAGCCAGAGGGGUUCUCGCAUUUCCACCUCUAUGUCUGUGCCGCCUUCUUGAUCAAGUGGCGGAAGGAGAUCCUGGAUGAGGAAGACUUCCAGGGCCUUCUAAUGUUGUUACAAAACCUGCCGACAAUACACUGGGGCAAUGAAGAAAUCGGGCUCCUCCUUGCUGAAGCCUACAGACUCAAGUACAUGUUUGCAGACGCUCCCAAUCAUUACCGCCGAUAGGUGCCAGGACUCAACUCCCUCCUCUGCCCACCUCCUCCUCCUGGCCCGAUCUGAUCACUGUGGCAUUUUGUCAUCCACGUCCUCGGAUGCUUCAGCUGGGAGCUGCUCUUCGCUGUACAAAGCUCAUGUUGACUUAACUCUUCUGCGUGCCUGUCUGCCACUCCACACACCUGGAUGUGCCACUCCAACCACUGUCAGUAUUUCACUCUGUGCUGGUGGCCUGAGCCAGGGAGAGAGGCUUGAAGGGGCAGGGGACAGCUUUACAGAUAACUGAGCUCUCCCAGCCCUGCCUUGGGCUUGUCCAGCUGCCGGUUGCCUUGCUAUGCUGUGACAUGUUUGCCCACUGCUGCACCUGUGUACACACAUGCUCGUGCCUCACAUGUGUGUGCUGCCCUGUCUGCUCCCUUCUCUCUUCAGCUGCAGUUUGAUCCAGCUCCCAGACAAAAAUGCCUUAUCAGUGACUGGCUGGAGAACUUCCCUGAGGCUGCAGGGUGAGAAGUUUCUCAGGGCCCAGCUUCAUUCCUCAAGCCUUGUGGGUUCACGAGGGAGCUGCUCACACCUGCCCUCUCCUCUCCCUCCUCUUUGCCUUUCUCCAGGUAUGAGGCAGUGUGGUGGGCACGGUGGGGGUUACCCCACCCACGUGGUCUGCAUGAUGCACACCGCUGUGAUGAGACGCUCUGAUGUGCCAUCGGCGCAGCCCCUCGCAGCGUGAGGGCAGCAGGGGGACUUCUGGAACCUCCUUGCAAAGCCCCCAUUCUUCCGAGGCGUUCUGUGUAUAUUGUGUUCUUGUGUAUAUGGGUCAAAGAUGUACAAUAUAUGUCCUCCAUUUGUAGCAGAUAUGAUUUUAUAUUUAUAACGUGGGUCCCUUGUUCUCCCUGUCCUCUCCAUGGCAGCGUAGGGUUUUGGACCCCUCUGGAGGUGAGGGUGAAGUCAGAGCCACGGGUAUUUCUGCCCUGACAUGUUUGGAGUGUGGAGUUUGUCAGGAAGGUGGGUGUCAGGAAUGUGUAUCUCGAGGCUUCCCCUGCAAAGAGGAGCGCAGGAGUUGGAAGGGGACGGGAGCUGAGAGCAGCUCGAGGAGAUACAGGGUAUGGUGCUGCAGGGCACCAUGGUGCCAGUGCCACCAGCGGGCUCUUGGGCACCAAAGGUUCCCCAGUCCGGUGCUGGCUGUGCCCACUGCUCCCUACAGUGUGGAUGCAUCCUCUGAGAGAGAGAACACAGCCAGAAACCACCCUGGGUUCUUAAAUGAAACCAAUUGUGAAUGUUUUAUUGGGCUGGUUUCCUUCUGUCCCCCUCCUGCAGAGGACUGGGGGGAGGGGGGUAGGGGGAGGGAAGGAAGAUAUGACCCCCCCAUUUCUUGGGGCGGAACAUGGAGGUGCCCGGUGGGAAGGGGCAGCAGGGGCUGAGCAUGUGAAAGGCAGAGCCUUGUUGCCAAUAAAACUCCAGUGUCUCAAGAAACUGCUUUCCUAA